GCGAUGGACUGGGCCGGCUCGCCCGUGCCCCACACCUGCUUUCUGCCGUACAAGCGGCGGCUGGCCGUGCGCUAUGACCUGCCGCCCGUGAACAGCUGCGUCCACCUGGCCUCCACGUACUACCCGCGCCACAUCUGUAUGAAGCAAAAGAUCGUCUAUAACGAAACCAUUCCUACGUACGGGCCCCACCGACCGCUUUGGGCCGUGUUCGGGGAGUACCUGUACGUGCCACCUCAGCGCUGGCUGCACAACGUCGAGCACGGCUCGGUGAUCAUGCUGUACCAUCCGUGCGCCGACUACGAGGCCGUGGCGGAGCUGCGCCAGCUGGUGCGCGGCUGCAUCCGGAAGCAUGUCAUCACGCCGUACCCGGCCCUCUCGGCAGCGCGCCCGCUGGCGCUGGUGGCCUGGGGCUGCCGGAUGGAGAUGGCGCACGUGGACGCGGCUGCCGUGCGCCAGUUCAUCCGCCAGAGAGCGCUGCACGGGCCCGAGGGAGACUACCCCAAGCAGGGCCAAUACGACUUCAAGCUGCUGCGGCCGGCGGAGCCGCCGCUCGGCUCCAGCAUCAACGACACGGUCCUCUGUCCGACGACGGCCUGAGCUGGUCCCGGCUGGGGCCGCAGGCUGGCGGCGCCCGGAGCCGGAGGCAGGACACCGCCGCCAUGGCACGGUGUCGGGCCACUGUGGUCACCGUUUGUGAUGACCCGGGGUCAUCGGAUUAGGUCACGAGCUUGCGGCUGAAGAUAGCUGUGAGUGGAGCACCGAGGGCGAGGCUGGGGGCACACUGGGGCGGGUCACGGCAGCUGUAAUCUGGAGACGACCCGGGCUCAGGUCACAGUGCUACGAUCUGAGGAGGUCGGCGGUCAGGCUGCAAAUGACCAGAUCGCUUGUCUACAGCGGUCUGAGAUGAGCCAUCUGUGCGCACGCUCCGGGCCCGUGAUGCUGGCGGUAUGUGUUGCUGCGCCG